GCUCAUAACCCGGAACAAAAACAACACUCUUGGAUGGAUCGCCUCACAUCUGAAUGCAUCUGAAAACCACUAUAUUGCAUUGUAAUUGUGGAUACUCUGAGAACUUGAAAUCUCUUCAGAAUAUAGAUUAGAAUUUUGUUCAUAAAUGUAUUCAUCUGUUACUUUGAGAGAUUUUAUUAACGAGAAUAAACCUUUAAUUUUGGAUGGUGGUCUUGCAACUCAGCUGGAGGCACAAGGAUUUGAGCUUGGGGGGGACCCAUUGUGGAGUGCCAGACUUUUGCACACAAACCCUGAAGCAAUUAAAGAUGUCCAUUACAGAUUUCUUCUCAGUGGCAGUGAUGUCAUUACCACAGCUACAUACCAGGCCAGUGUUAAAGGAUUUGUCCAACAUUUAGGAGUGACAUGUGAACGUGCCAGAGAGCUGCUGAUGUCUGGAGUGCAUCUGGCCAAAGAUGCAUUGCAGAAAUUUAUAUCUGAAAAUAAAACCGUUCAAACACAUGGAUUAGUGGCUGGCUCUAUUGGACCUUAUGGGGCAUUUCUUCAUGAUGGAUCUGAGUACACAGGGGACUACGCUAAAGAAAUGAGUGUUGAGCAUCUUAAAUCAUGGCAUUGUCCACAGCUGGAGUGUUUAAAUGCUGCAGGAGCAGACAUUAUUGCAUUUGAGACAAUCCCCAGUGUUAAAGAAGCAGAGGCUGUGGUUCAGCUGCUCAGAGAGUUUCCUAACACUAAAGCAUGGCUCUCCUUCUCCUGCAAGGAUGAGAAGUGUAUAUCAGACGGCAGCCUCUUUUCUGAUGCGGUGCAAGUGGCUCUUAAAUGCCCUCAGCUUGUGGCUGUUGGAGUUAACUGUUGUUCUCCAGAUCUGGUAGAGCCAGUCCUGGACUCAGCCAAAACUCUGCUGAACCCAGACCUGAGCUUCGUGGCCUAUCCCAACAGUGGCGAAGAGUGGAACACUCAGAAAGGAUGGCUGGCUCAAGCAAAAAAAACAGGAUCUCUUUCUCAAUUCUGUGAAAGCUGGAUGAAACAUGGAGCAGCCUUCAUAGGGGGCUGCUGCCGUAUUGGUCCCAUGCAGAUCGAAGAGUUGCGGCAUGUAUUAAAAUGACCCAUACAGUGACUGAAAGCAAUGACAGAAAGCCUGUUUGGUAUUCAUUUAUGAAAAU